AUGCGCGAAGCCGAACUAGAAGCGGCGGAAAGGGCCAAACAGAUCGCUGACCCAAUGGUAAUUAUAGGUGACGCUAAGAAGGGUGCCAAGCUCUUCCAGACUCGCUGCGCUCAGUGCCACACUGUCGAGGCCGGUGGUCCCCACAAGGUCGGCCCCAAUCUCAGCGGUCUCUUCGGCCGUAAGACCGGUUCCGCCGAGGGCUACGCCUACACCGAUGCCAACAAGCAGGCCGGUGUCACUUGGGACGAGAACACUCUGUUCUCCUACCUCGAGAACCCCAAGAAGUUCAUCCCCGGUACCAAGAUGGCCUUCGGUGGCCUGAAGAAGACCAAGGAGAGAAACGAUCUGAUCACGAGUCUUGCGCUUAAACAUGUUCGCAUUAAAACAUCACUUAUCUCUGAUCCUGCCGCGUGGGUCCUGGAUGCGCGUUCUGCGGUAAAAGCAGACGCUCGGCAGUGCUACGGACAGGGCAUGUAA